GCCCCCUUCACACUCUCUAAUCCAUCUCUCCACAGCUCUCACCUCGUUUUCUGCAAGGUUUUCUAUGAUCAAUAGGAUGUAUGAUCCGACGAUGCAGUGCUCUCAGCCGCCACUGAAGGUGGAAAGAAGGUGGCCCAAAUCCAACGUCGAGCUCGCACCCAAUUGCCCCAGAUGCGCCUCUUCCAACACCAAGUUCUGUUACUACAACAACUACAGCUUCUCACAGCCCAGGUACUUCUGCAAAGCCUGCCGGCGGUACUGGACCAAGGGUGGCUCUCUCCGGAACAUCCCCGUCGGCGGCGGCUGCCGGAAGAGCCGCCGCGCCAAGACAGCCCGGCCGCCUCAGGACCAACUGGGCUCCACGAUUACGGCUGCUUCCGCUCAGAUGUCGCCGUGUAGGUCGGCCGGGUCAGAUAUUGACCUGGCUGACGUUUUCGCCAAGUUCUUGAAUCAGAGUUCGAGUGACAGCAGUACUGAUCCUCUCAUGAUUGGUUCGGGUUCUUCGGAUCGGGAUUCACAACUAGAAGAUCCCGAUGGGGAACAACUAGAAGAUCCCGAUGGGGAAACCCUAAUGCCGUCGAGGGUUAGCCAAGAAGCUAACCAGUUGGUGGCUGGGAUUUCUGACCAUCAGAUUGAUCAACAUGAACAGCAGAUUCGUGAAGAAAUAUUUGUGGGUGAGGAUCCAAGGUUUUUGGGGAUGGAGGCAGUAUUUAAUGAAGUUCAAUUAGGGCAAGAUCUUGUAUUGUCCGAUCCUGGAAAUUGGCCAAAUUUUGUAUGGCAGCCAAUGGUGCAACUGCAGGAUCAUCAGUUUGGACAGUUUUCGUCGGAGGAUCAAUGGAAGAUUAAUAAUUCUGCAAACAUAUGCAAUGAUAGUUGGAGCUGGUUCGAUCAGUCGGCCUAUGAAAUCUGAAGCCUGAUUCCAAGGGUUCUUGAAUUUCUUCUCAAUCUUUUUAUCUUCCAUUUCUUUUUUGGAUCUUCUUCUUGGGAUUAACUGUUACAUUUCCCUGAAAGGGAUUUAUGAUAUUGAUAUAUAAAAUGCAUGUACGAGAGAAAAAUAAUAAAAAAACUAAUUGGUAGUGAAAAGCCAAAUGCGAACUAUAUAUAUAUGUGUGUGUGUGUGUGUGGGUGGGUGUGUGUAUUAGCUGCAUAAAUGGCUUUAUUAAAUUUAAUAAUA